GUAUGAUUCACAGUGAUAAACUGCAUCAUAACUACUUAAAAAUACAACUGCAUGGUUGAAUUCAGCAGGUGGAGAUAACUACACCAAUAAUAUAAUAGAAUACUUCAAUCUUAGAAGACAAAAACAACGUCACCCAUAAUGCAACAGUAUACUUGAAUUCUGCAGAUGGAAACAACUACACCCAUAAUGCAACAGUUUACUUGAAUGACAGCAUACGGAAACAACUACUCUAUAGAACUCAUAUAUGUCAGAGGAUAAAUGACCAUAUUACAAUUGACUACUUGAAUACAACAGCUAAUAACAACUGCAACCAUAUGCAAAUGCAAUAAUGCAUACAUACUCUAAACCUUGAAACCUCGAGUAACAACUGUUUCAAUAUACCAGAUAGUAUAUAACAAUCAACAACACAUCAAAAUGGCAGAUUCAAAGCCCUAUAAUAACUUAAAAUUACUAAUUUUUCUAUCCACUGUUGCAAUAAUAGCUGGAAGUGCGACUUAUUUUUAUGUUAAUGAAAAUGUUUUUGAACCUCAACUUGUCUGCAUGGUACUUGGUUUCUUACUCCAACGGUACUUUCUACAUAAGAUUAUGUUUUUACCGGAGUCUAAGCCCAACAGGCAGACAUUACUUUACAAAAAUAGUAACUUUUUCAAAGUGGAUGUGAUACUACUGGGUAUUGCCCUCUUUUCUUGCUUCGUAGAACCAUGUUAUGACAUUUCACUGGGAGAAUUUUAUAUUCUAGGAACAUGGUGCUUAUAUGGAGUGACACUGCUAUGCACUGUCGUAAUAUUAAUGUUAAUCGAUUUCUAUUUCAAAAGAAGCAUAGACAAUGACAAGAAAAUUCCAAAUGGUGAAAUUUCAGUAGAAACCAAGUCAGCUGCCCGUGUAUUAUUCGUGUUUAUGGGCAUUUGCCUUAUGGUGGUUGGAGGACUUGCAUUCAAUGAUGGAUUCAAAACUGAAAUGCAUGGAUAUCUACUAACAUUUUCCUAUGUACCAUUAGCCAUGGCGGCACUAGGAUUAUUGCUUGCUCACUGUACCAGCAUGUUAAAUUGGACUGAACCACCUAUCAAGUCAAGGGACACCAUCAAAAUGAGAUGUUUAAUAUUCACAGGUUAUGAUUUCUUACUUUUGGCCAUAGGCAUUAACCUAAUGCUAUCAUACUCCCCAGAUAUUGGGUUGGUUGCGGACAGAUCUGGUUUAAACCAGUUAGGACAAGUGCUUUGUGGUUACGGACUAGUGGCAUCUUUGGCAACAGGUAUCAUAUACAGGAAGCACAUACAAAACAAUCCUAAAUUUCCAGUUUCCAGAAUAGAAGAAGAAGAAUCUGACUCCAUUAUGUUUUGGUCUAUAGUUUUAGGACUUGCUUUUGUAGUCGCUGCCAUGACUUUAUUCUUUCUUGGCCCAUGUGGAGUACGAUCAGAGUUCCGUCCAACUUGCUUAAUUUCACCAGGUAUGCUGGUCAUGGCAGCCCUUAUCAUGCGUGUAACGGUCCUUAAUCACACUGCUGCCCAUCCACGUAAAUCUGUUGAUGAAAUAACCAAGCAGCGUAAUUUUCUGAUAUUUUGCGAUGUUAUUGUUGCAGGGGUAGGUAUAUCCCUUUUCCUAACAACCUAUGGUAAAGGGGAAAAUAAAUGGGUUGAAAAUGCCAACAGUACUGUUACCCCAGGAGGUACAUACAUUCAAGUUGUUCAAGAAGCACUCUAUUUUAGCCCUGUAAUGUUUAUCGAAGCCCCCAUAGGGAUCCUGAUCACACUGUACUGGUUCAAUCGGUUUAUAACCAAGAACUACAAUACCUGGUUUGGUGAGAAGAACCAGGUGGUUAACAUAACAAUAGCUUCAAGUUCUGCUACACAGAAUGUCACUGCUACAAAUAAUGCCACUGCUACAAAUAAUGCCACUGCUACAAAUAAUGCCACUGCUACAAAUAAUGCCACUGCUGCAAAUAAUGCCACUGCUGCAAAUAAUGCUAGUGCUGCAAAGAAUGCUAGUGCUGCACGCAAUGGAGCCAGAGUGUCAACUUCUGAUCCCUCCAUUCCUACAUCUGUAAGUCGUACAACAAGACCAGAAAGAACAACAUCUGUAACUGGAAAAUUAAAUGGGCCUGGUAAUACACAACCACAAUCAGAAGCUAUCCUUCCACAACCUGGAACUAUUCCUUCACAGCCUGGAGUUAUCCCUCCACAACCUGGAGCUAUUCCCUCACAGCCUGGAGUAAUUCCUUCACAGCCUGGAGCUAUCUCUACAAAACCUGGAGAUGUACCUCCACAACAUGGAGUUAUCUCUCCACAUCCUGGAGCUAUUCCUCCACAAUCUGGAGUUACCCCUCCACAACCUGGAGCUAUUCCUCCACAAUCUGGAGUUAUCCUUCCACAACCUGGACCUUCACACCCACUGCCUGGCUCCAUCCCACCUCCACCUUUCAAUCCCCUAUACCCAUCCUAUUUCAUGCCUGGGCCAUCAGGUUCUUCUCCAAAUGCCAGGAACAUGGGACCAGUACCAGAGUUGCCCUUAAACCCUCUACGUCCUCACCACACAGGGUUUCCACAGCCUCAUGGGUAUAUACCCUCAGCACCUCCAGGUACCUCCUUUGGUGUACCACCAGCCAUUGUAUAUACAAUUGGAGAUACAACCAACCAGACAGCAGAAAUGCCUUCAUCAAAUGAUCGUUUAACAUUCACACCCCCACCAGCAUACGAAUCACUCUUUCCAGGACGAAAUUCAGAGUCAAAUGUAUAAAAUAAAAAUUUUAUAUAAAAUACUAUUUUUUAAAUGCCUCAAUCAAAUGAUCGUUUAACAUUCACACCCCCACCAGCAUACGAAUCACUCUUUCCAGGACGAAAUUCAGAGUCGAAUGUAUAAAACAAAAGUUUUAUAUAAAACACUAUUUUUCUUUUAUCACAUGAUCAGUGUAAUAUGAAUGUAAAAGUGAGUGAGUGUAAAUGUAAAAAGCAUGUUUAAAAUCAGUUAUUUGCGUACAUCAUAAAUUUUUCUCCUCUUAGAAAUUUGUAAUAUAUUUUUUGCCAAUAAAAAUCAAAUUCUUUUUGUCAUUGAGAUUUUUAAUGAUUUUACCUCAUUAAAUACUGCAGAUAUAUUGAAUGAGUGUAGUACAUGUUAUCUCUACUACAUAUAGAAGAAUCUGAAGCAUGUUUCAAUGAGUAAAAUCUCGCAUUCUCUGUGAUAUCAUUCUUGAAAUGAAAGGCAGGAUAGAAACAUUUCUAAAUAAGGACACCAUUUUGAGGUACCAACGAUAUUUUACUUAUACAGGUUUUACUACUACAUGUACUUAAAUAACAGGGUUUUCAUUAGCAGUAGGCAAAAGGCGAUUUUCACUGGUUGUUUUCACAAAAUCGCCUGUUGCUUUUAGGAACUUUUCAACUUUUCCAUGUUAAAUUUAUUAUUUCCAUUAAUUCAUUUAUUCAGCCUGUUGAGAGGAAUUCUACUGAAACCCCUGAAUAAUGUGAUUUUAUUAUAAAUAUUUUAUAAAUCGUAACUUAUUUUCAUAUGAUAUCUUGUAAAAUAAGUACUUAUCCAUGUCACUAUGUAAAUAUGGGCAAAAAAUGGGCACUUUUCGCAGACUUUGUAGUUCAAUUGUAAAGAUACGUUAUGGACAACCUGUAUAUUUACUGUUAGAUAUAAGGUGAUUACACAGCAUUAUUGUUGGAUUACACAGCAUUAUAAAAUAAAAUAUAUAUUUUGUAAUAAAAAUGUAGAUCAAAAUUGUUUUUUCAUUGCAGUUCAGAUUAUAAUGUUCCUCAAUAAGUAAAAUAAAAUGACUUAAUAAUGGAAGUAUGCAGAAUAAAUUUAGUAUUUUGGGAUGUGUCUUCUAAGCUCAUAGUACCAAAUCAUAAGCCUAUUUACUUUAUUGAUUUG